AAGAAAAAGACCGGUAGUUUUACUCUGAAAUCAGUGCUUUCGUCCUCAUAACACUUGAGUUUUCGCUGUCUCGUUAUAAUAUUAUUUUUUUUUUAUAUAUAUAUAGUUAUUUGUUGACAACGGCAACAAUGAUAAGAGAAGGUAGAAAAGGAGGAGCUGGAAGAUGAAGUAAAGUGGAAGUAAAAUAGUAUGUAAAUAGUAUAACGUGAGAGAGAGAGGAAGAGAGAGAGAGACAGAGAGAGAGAGAGAGAGAGAGAGAGAGAGAAAGUUUACAAAAUGUUGUCAAUGGUAAAUCCAAUCAAAUGGUUGCCCCACUCUUACAGUCACAUGGCCAGUGCCGACUGUGCUUUCAAAGUCAGUGUAACAGCAGCAACAGAGGUGGUGGCAGCGGUAACAAUAUCAACAAUAACUACGCCAGCAGCAGCAGCAGCAGCCGUUUCAGCUGACGGGAACAAACUUACCAAAUCGCACACAUCUGUGCCGUCACUGAGACGGGACUUGUUUAGUUUAGCACUGCUCUCUGCAAUGCACAGAAGUACAACUUAUACAACGACGAUAACAAGGAGCAGGAUAACCGCUAUGUUAUUAUUACUAUUGCAGAUCUCAAUGUUAAGUGCCUUGUUCUUUGGCUCGGCCAGUGCACAGGUCAGUAAAGUGGACAGUGGGAUUUUACAAUCGAGCGAGAUCUUCAUUGAAAAGAAAAGUAUAGAAGUAAAUUAUGGACGUACCGUUUAUAUUGAUCCUUACAGCGAUUUACAGUUACAUGUUGGUAAAGGGGACCGCUGCCUAAUUAGCGUUUUAGAAACGGACAGUUUGUCGCAUAAGCCCGGAAAGUUGACACCAGUAAGGUUUCCUUGUCAAUUUCAGCCACACCAAGUAUCUUACACCCAUUUUGGUGGUCACAGCCCCGAGGAUGAUUACGUCCCAAUGCAAAUACGUUAUGACACAGAGACUGCAACAAAAAUUAUUCCUUUUGUUUUACAUAUAAAACUUUCUUUCAAGCCGCUGGAAAUUGUCACUAAUAAUUUACCACUCCCGGUUCGGAACUUACUCAGCUACAGUCAACCGUUCACGAGGAGUAAUACUCAUUUUACUUAUGACCCUUCCAAAGUCACAUGUAAAGUGACCGUUCUUAGCCCUGCAACUGGUUUGCCCAAGUAUGGGCGCAUAAUCAACGAUACUACAACUUUGACAAUGAUGGACUGCGACCAAUUUCUUCUGGCGAACGUAAGAUACCAGCACACGGCAAGGAGUAAAUCCCCGAGGAAAGAUUAUGUUCCGCUAUUAGUAGAAGUUGUUGACCAAAACGGGACAUUGGUCAAGCAGGAAUAUUUUCAUAAAAUGAUUAAAAUUCGAGCUGGUAAAAAGAACUCAGCGCCUAAAGUUAAUUUGGAUUGUACCUUAAUACUGGAUGUUGACCAGUUUGCUAUGACUGCAAUCACACCGGAAAUUUUGGCCGCUUACGAUACAGAAACGCCAGCUGACCAGCUGAUUUUUAAUAUAACAGAACCACUUGCUGCCGAGAAAGGAUUUCUCAUAUCAACAGACGACCCCGAACUUCCCAUUAAUUCUUUUCGACAAAAAGAUAUUAAAAAACUGAAAAUCGUUUACAAACCUCCAACUGGAGAUUCUGAUAAACAGCGUCGAGUUAUAGAAAUCCCUUUACAAGUUAUAGACAAUGAUAAAUCAGUCUCGAAAGACAUCAACUUAACUGUGGUGGUCCGACAAAUGAACAGUCUUGCCCCGGUAGUUAUUAAAAACUUAGGUGUCCAGUUAUUGGAAGGCCAGUCAGGUGUGCUGUCAAGUACGGAUAAUUUACAGAUCACGGAUGUUGAUAAUAUCAACGAUGUUACUAUUACAGUUAUUCGAGGAUCAACUCAUGGUCAAAUUUUUGUAAACAAUUUACCCAGGAAAUAUUUUACUCCGAAGGAUCUUGACAAUAACGAGGUUAGUUAUAAUCACGAUGGCUCCGAUACCUUCAGUGAUAACAUAGUAUUCAGAAUGACUGAUGGUACACAUAAAGUUGAUUUUCUCUUUCCAGUUACUAUCUACGCAUUGGAUGACGAGGCCCCGACAUUAACUGUAAACACGGGAUUAGAAAUACGUAAGAACGAACUUGCAGAUAUCACACCAUUCGUUCUUAGUGCAUCUGAUAUAGACAGUGAAGAUAGUGCCAUUCGCUUUGUCACGGAACCUCCUUUUUCAAAACAAGGUCAUCUUCUGCUUCGAAAAUUUCAGGUAACACCUUCUGAGGACUUAUCUGGAUGGAAGUUUGUCAAUGGAGCAUACGAAAAACCAGUGAGGGAAUUCACUCAGCAAGACAUCCUUGACGGGAAAGUAUUUUACCGGCAUGUUGGACCCCAUCACUCGGAUUUUGUUACUGAUAAAAUGAAAUUUAAAUUGGUGGAUAACGGUGACCCACCUAAUGAAUCUCAAUUCCAUAAUUUUGUGUUUAAAAUCUUCCCUGUUGAUGAUCGACCACCUUACCUAGAUUCCCGGAGUACUCUUUUUAUGAAUGUAGAUGAUGCAAAACUAACACCUUUUAAAAAGAAGUUUCUUCGUUACACAGACGAUGAUUCUGAUGACCGACAGAUUACCUACACCAUAACCUCUCCCCUCCGUGAUACCAACGCUAACACGCUGUUGGACGUCGGAGAAUUGGUUCACUGCAACAAACAGAAGUCAAAACUGGUUACGUUUACUCAGUCACAACUGAACCACCAUAAGGCUUGCUAUAAGCAUCCCACUGAGCAGCUUGGACUUGUUGCCAGACUCCUGAAAUUUACGUUUGAUGUACAAGAUAUAUCUGGGAAUGUAUUGAAAGAUCAGGAAUUUAUAAUAAAGCUUCGUUCUGUCAGUAAUAAACCUCCCCGUGUUCUAAACAACGGUCUGCACGUUAUAAAAAAUGGAGAAGCUGUCAUAACCACCGAUAUUUUAAAUGCAGAAGACAAUGAUACAAAAGACAAGGAUAUAUUUUUCAUCAUUGAAGUCGAACCAAAGCAUGGAGUUAUCCGUAAAAAUGUUGACAUCCUUACCGCCGGACAAAUAUUUUCUAAACAAGAUAUAAUCAAUCGAGUAAUUUUCUAUCAAAACAAUGGAGAUGAAGCAGAUUCGGACAAAUUUUCUUUGACUGUCACAGACAGUGUACACAAGUUACCAGUGAAUGUUAAAGUCUUCGUGUCGGACGUGGGCAAUAAGGAAGCAAAAUUUAUCAGAACUGCAGAUGGCAACGAAUUAUUACAUACUUCUAUCGAAGUCAAUGAAAUGGGUACUGUUGUAAUAACAGAGGACUUUCUGAAAACAACCGUUACAGACUCGGAUGAUCGGAAAUUUACCUUUAUUAUUACGAAGCAUCCUCUGGAAGGAGUUAUUCUAACACAAAAAUUUACACGACAAGAUAUCAUUAAUAAGAAAGUAAAAUAUCAACACACAACAGGCGAGAUUGGGACAAAACCAGAAAAGGAUAGUUUUGAACUAAUGUUAACUGACGAAUCGGACAGUCUCGUUGUUGGUGGCCUAAAAGUUGAACAAAUAAGAGUGGAUGUCAAAAUCUUACCGGUGGAUAAUAAGUUACCUGUUGUAAAUGUUGCAGAUAUUUACACGGUUAGUGAGAGCGAAAAGAAUCCGAUUUUAACAUCUCACCUUAAUGUUCAUGACAAAGACACCGAAGAUGAAGAUAUUAUUUGUACUUUAGUCGUGCGUCCAAACUUUGGCUAUCUAGAAAAUAUUUCUCCAGCGCCCAUCAGCGGCAAAUCACAAAAAGGAAUUCCAAUUUCUGCUUUCAGCAGUGAUCAUUUACGACUGGGAAACAUCAAUUAUGUUCAGAGUUUCCAUGAAGGUGUUGAGGAACGAAGUGAUAGCUUUAUUAUUAUGUGUUCUGACGGAAUAAACUUUUCAGAACGUUAUGUAUUCCCGAUAGUUAUAUUACCAGAAAACGAUGAAACUCCUCGCCUUUUCAUGCGAGAAUUUGUUGUCGCCGAAGGAAUGUUACUAACUAUUGAAAACGCUAUUCUAAAUGCCACUGAUAAAGAUCAGCCAAAGGAUGUAUUGACUUUUGUAAUUGAUGAGCUUCCGAAACACGGUGUUCUUGGUAAACAAACCCUAGCUGGUACCAUAAAGAUAACUAACUUCACUCUCUCUGAUAUAGUUCAGGACUCCACAAUUUUAUAUGAACAUGACGGUUCAGAGUCGCCGGAAGAUUACUUCAAGUUUACUCUAACUGAUGGCAAACACAAUAUAACAAAUACUCUUCCAAUUACAAUUAUUCUAGUUGAUGAUGAAACUCCCAGACUUACUGUCAAUACUGGAUUGGAAAUAGAAAAGAUUGGAGCAAUAAAAAUAAUAUCUAAUAAGUAUCUUAAAGCUGAAGAUCCAGAUUCAGAAAACGAGACAAUCAUGUAUAUUGUUCGAGGGCCACCUAAAUAUGGCUAUCUACAACGAAUCAGUAAUGGACAUUUAUUGCGUAACCUCAGCACAGGUGAUAAUUUCACUCAGUAUGAUAUUGACCAAAAACGCAUUCAGUAUGAACAUAAUGGAGCUGAUGUCGUUAGGGACAUUAUUAAAUUCGAUCUAACUGAUAACCACAACAUGUUGACUGACCAGUAUUUUUAUAUCACUGUCAAAGGUCAAAGUGAAGUUACACAACAAAUAAUCAACAGAGGUGUUGAACUUCCCGAAAGUGGUUGGAUUACCUUAACCACUGACUUGCUCACUGGAACAAAUUUGAAAAUACACAACAAAGAACUGCAAUUUGUGCUUACUCGUUCACCAACCAGAGGACAUUUGGAAAACUUACAUAAACCAGGAGAACCUAUAAUUAAUUUUUCGUUGGAUGAAUUAGCCGCUGAUGAAAUAAUAUACGUUCACACGAGCAAUGACGAAAUGAAAAUGGAUAGUUUAAUGUUUGAAGUGACUGAUGAAUACAGCCAGGUUAUGUUAACCUUUAGGAUCUCACUGACCGAUGUUGACAACAAAAAACCUGUGCUUACGUUCGAUGUAUUACGGGUGAACGAAGGUAGUUCAAAACUUCUCUCUUUGUCUGAACUUAAAGUUGAUGAUAGGGAUACAAAUGACAAUAACAUUGAAUUUACUAUUACUCAAGUGCCGGUUCAUGGAAAUCUUUUACACAACUACUCACGUAUCGUAACCAGAUUUACACAGGCUGACAUUGCUAACAACCUAAUUAGCUAUCAACACGAUGGUUCCGACACACAGUCUGAUAGUUUCUCUUUUAUGGUAACAGACGGAAUCCAUUCAGAUUUCUAUGUCUUCCCCGAUACCAGUUAUUCGAAACGUCAUCCUCAGACGAUGAAUAUUGAAAUAGAAGAAGUUGAUAAUGGAAGCCCCUUGAUUUCUGUCAACGAAGGAGCAUCUUUCUUAACUGUAUUAGAGAACGGGAAAAUGGGGUUCGUCUUGUCUGAAGACGUCCUUAAGUCCCAAGAUCAUGAUAGCCAGGAUGAGGAAUUACGUUAUUCUUUGACUGUACCUCCAAAGUUUGGAUCAUUGUCUAAUACCGAGCACGGAACUUCUAGAAUCACCACAUGGACCCAAGCUGACAUAAAUGCCAGAAAUAUACGUUAUGUUCUUAAUCCGGAAUCAAACGCCACAAAUGACAAUUUCUUCUUCAACAUCGUUGAUAAAGAUGGUAACGUCUUAAGCAACCAACCAUUCCACCUCAACUGGGCCAUCAUUUCAAUGGAGAAAAAUCUGUUCAAAGUGAACGAAGUUGAAAAAUUAUUAAAUAUCACACUUUGGAGGCGAGGUUAUGUUGGUACAACAUGUUACAUAACAAUUCAAGUUGAAGAUGGCACAGCUAAAGUUGGUGAAGACGUACAAGUUCAGUACAGGACCAAACUCCAGUUUAAGCCAGGACAAACUGAAAAUACAUGGCAGAUCCAUAUAAUUGAUGAUAACAAAUUUGAAAACAAUGAGAAGUUUUACCUGAAGCUCAGUGACCCCGUUAUGGCUAUUGUUGAGGAACCAUUGCAGGCCACAGUUGUGAUAGUUGACAUUGAAGAUGAAUCGAAUGUCUUCAUUCCUGAGAAAGAAUAUCGAGUAACAGAAAAGGAAAGCAAGUUAGACAUUCCUGUUUACAGAACAGGAGACUUGUCUGAGCCAUUAUCUGUUAUCUGUCAUACUGUUCAAGAAACUGCAGCUGGCAGUCCUGUAAAUGUUCUGAGUUCAUUCUCUGACUACAUCACACGACCCAUGCAGAGUAGUAGCAUCAUCCAUUUUGAGAAGGAUGAAAGCAAGAAAAUAUGUACAGUGUUAAUAAUUGAUGAUUCAUUAUUUGAGACUGAAGAGCGGUUUAAUGUGAGCCUUUCUCAACCACAAGGAGGACAUCUGGGAAACUUCACUACCACUGUAGUGUUUAUUGAACCAGAUAUUAUGGAUGAGCCAGUAAUAUAUUUUGGAAAGGAUAACCACAUUGUGGAUGAAAGUGUGAAAUAUAUUGAUGUUUCAGUCCAUCGUGUUGGUCCGGACUUGUCUCAAGCUUCAAGUGUAACCCUGAGAUCAAAGAGUACAAAUGUUUACUCAGCCGAAUCUGGUGUUGACUAUAUCACAGUUGAUAAAGUGCUCACCUUCCCACCAGGUGUCACUUAUCAGAAAGUGCAGGUGACAAUUUUAGAUGACAAAGGCAAGCCAUUGGUUGAGGGAAUGGAAGCAUUUGAAUUAUCUCUCUACAUGCCGAUGGGUGCCAUUCUUGGAGACCCAAGCUCUUCAAUAAUAGCUAUAAACGAUUCUAUUUCAGACUUACCCACAAUGCAAUUCAAACAAGCAGAAAUAAUUGUUGAUGAAAAUGAAAACAUUGUAACUGCCUCAAUUGUUCGCAGUGGGGAUAUUAGUCACGCCUCAACAAUCCGAUGUUACACACGACAGGGAACAGCACUUAUGAUGAUGGAUUUUUAUGAAAGACCCAACAGUAAUGUCUCAAUUAUAAAAUUUGAGCCAGGUGAACGAGAGAAACAGUGUGCUGUCAAACUAAUGGGAGACCACAUUCAUGAAGAAGAAGAAGAAUUUUAUAUGGUGCUUGGCAAUCCUUGGAGUCCAUCACUGAAGAAAGCUAAAGUUGGCAAAAGAAAUGUCACCACAAUCAGGCUCACUGACCUUGCUGACAAACCUGUCAUCAAGUUUGAAAACAUUGAGUUUUCUGUUAAAGAACCCUUUGAGUAUGGAGAAGUUGCAUUUGUUCGAAUCCCUGUAGCUCGCUAUGGUGACCUGUCCAAGACAUCUGUGGUAAGGGUCCACACUGAAGAUGGCUCAGCAAUUGCUGGAAGAGAUUACAAUGGAAUAUCUAGAGAACUUGUCUUCAGUGUUAAUGUAUCUCACAACAUCAUAGAGAUUGAAGUCUUGCAUGAUAACGAGAAAGAAAUGAAAGAAUUCUUCACUGUUCAUCUAAGACCAGAUCAGAACUUGGUAGCAGAAGUAAAGCAAAAUAUCCAAGCUUUUGUAUACAUUGAAGAACGUAAGAAGUUGGCUGAUGUCACUUUUCCCACGGAACCAAUUGUAAUAUCAUUGCGAGAUUAUGGCAAUGAUUUGUCCAGGGAACCAAUUCAAGGUUACCCAUGUAUCUGCAUCACGCCAUGUAAUCCAAGACAUCCUGACUUUUCAACAAGCAAAGAGCUCUGCGAGAAAGAAGGCAUUAAUGAUACACUGACCAGAUUCCGCUGGCGUGUCUCUGCUCCAAGACACCCUGAUGAUGCUCCUAGUGGUUUAAGUAAUGUUGAAGCCAACACUUUCUUCACAUCCACAAAAGGAAUCACGUUAGACAGUAUAUACUUUGGACCAGGCAGUGAAGUUCAGUGUGGUGCUCGAGCUGUCAAUGUAGAUGGUGACCCUGGUUUGGAACUUUUAAGUUUCCCAACUAUUAUCAGUUCAGGCAAAGGACUCUGUAAACCCCAGAAUGCCAAUUCUCUGGAUUUUGAACCCUUCUCUGCAAAACUAAGAUACAUCAGCUCUCAGGAUUCUGUUUAUGCCAACAAGAUACAAAUUACAGUCACUGUUCCACAUCAAGAUGGGAUGCUACCAGCAAUUUCAACAAGACAUUUAUCCAAUUUUGAACUUAUCCUCAGCCCGGAUGGAACCAGAAUUGGUCAGCAUCGAUGCUCAAACCUUUUGGACUAUAAUGAAAUACAAACUAACUUUGGAUUUAUUAGCAAUCAGACACAGAGUGUCCAUAAUAUAAAAGAGAUAGAACCAUACCAGUUUAAUGGCAAAUUAAGAGGAAAGUCUGCUCUUCGUUUCUACAGAAACCUAAAUUUGGAGACAUGUCUUUGGGAAUUCACCAGUUAUUAUGCUAUGUCUGAAUUAAUCACCAUCUGUUCUAGUGAAAUAUCCUCUGAUAAUGAAAUCCCCGAAUCCAAGCAAUCAUUUAUGACGCUGAAGCUUCCUUUGUAUUUAUCGUAUGUCUUUCAUUCACCUGACGUUCCUGUUGGUUGGCAACAUUUUGACACUAGUUCACAACUGUCAAUGAGAUUCUCCUAUGAUACACCAAGUCUGUGGCAAUAUGGCAUUGGUUCUGAUACCCCAGCAAAACAAAAAGGUGUUCUCUAUCCUUCCAGUAUGACUAUUUUGAAUGAUGGCAAACUUAGAGUAGAUUUCAAGAGCAAAGCAUUAUUUCAUGGGCUUUUUGUUACCUCACAUCUAGAUAGUGAUAUUGAAUCAAUGGUGGUUUCUAUCAGCCAUCCUGAUCUCACUUUUACUCUGGAACUUCUUCAAAGUGAACAAACAUAUCAGGAGCCAGUGCAGACUUGGCGCUUCACAUCAGAUUUUGGUAUCGAUGAUUAUUCUGGUCAAUACAAAGUUAAACUGGUGUCCUGUACACUACCUUUAAGUGAAGAAUUCAAUAAUGCUGUGUCUUGUGAACCUCAAGAAACCAUAUCCUUUGAUUUACCAAUACGUUUACAGCAAAUCUCAGAUCCAGUUCCAGCACGUUUCAGCCUCAAUACAGAAUUCCAUUUGACACAGAAGCGAGAUAUCUGGCUUGGAGAAAAUUCAAUAAGUUCUGCAAAUAAUGAUGUUUUUACUUAUGGAAACCCUAUUUAUGGACGUAUUAACACUGACCCUAUUAUCAGUCAAAGAGAUCCUUCCUAUCUCAAUCUUGAAAUGGUUUUCCUCUGUUCUGGCCAGAUGGGUUACAUUCCAAAAUAUGAUCCACAAAAUCAAGAAUAUGGCUGUGUUGAGAGAUCUGCCAAUUUGCAAUAUGUUUUCAAAAUAUUGGACCGAGCUGCCCCAUAUACAACUGAUAAACUAUUUCACAACGUCUCUUUCAAUGCUACGUUUGCAAGGGAAGACUCUACGGCUUUCAGACUCACCAAAACACCUGGUGCUGAUGGAUUCACGUUCUCCUCUGCACCUUUGUUUCAGGUUAGUCCAAUUCGCCCUUGGUUCCUCCAUGUCAUAUACACAAUUCGUUCUCAAGAGAAUGCAUCGAUUAUGGGCAAACGCAGUAUUGAAUAUCACAAUGUGAAAGUUCAUCAUUCCGGACAUCGUCCCAAACGGUCCACAGUUGAUAUAGAAGGUGUUGGAAUUGAUGGUAAAGGCACAAAUAUGGCCUUCAUCUUACUGGAUCCUCAAGGAAAACCACUGGAGCGUGGCACCAACAAAAGAGUGGAAUCAUUCCCAAUGGUUCCUAUUUUCGUGACAAUUGCAGUUCUCCUUCUGCUGUUUAUUGUUGGAAUUAUUGUUUUCUUACACCAAAAAAGAAAGACAUCUACACCACCUCAUUCCCCAGCAAACACGUUUUCAUCAACAGGAGGCAAAGCCCAGAUAGUGUAUGCAAACCACAAUGCAAAGUUUGACACAGAAAAAACUGAAGUAUAAUAUGCUGGGGACUAAGAUCUCGAUUUGAAAUCCAUAAUCUCAUAUGAAUGCAAUCAGAAAACUUGAAUGCUCAUUCUGGAACUUACAUUCAUUCACUAAGAAUGGUUAUGGCAAUUUGGCAAUAAGUUAUAUUUCUUAAAGAAUCAUCAAAGUGAUGUGACAUUGCCAAACCUGAUGGUAUUAAGAUGAAAUUAACCAUCUUUUUCCAUGCUCUGUUUACUGUCCUUCUAAUGGAAAAAAAAAUACAUUAAAAUAAAAUAUAGCAAAUAUUUGCUUGAAUUCUAGAGGUAAAAUUCUGAACCAGUUUUAUGGGAAAAAGUCCAUUUUAUAAACAAUUUCACAAAUAAUACUUGAUUCAUUUUUCUUUUAUUUUUUUGAAGGGAAAUACGAAUAAACAUUUGUUAAAAAAAAAAGGUUUCUUUAAAAUGAAGGAACAUUUGCUAAAUGUCUGUCUUAAAUGGUUUUAAUGGGCAUAACUCUAAAGGCAUUCUAAAUUGAAAACAGCAAUUUUUUGAUAACUAAAUAUCUGAGACACCACAACUAAUGAAACUCAGUUUUGCUAAAUACACACUUGCAGACACAAACACAUAAAAUGGAUUUAUAUGAACUGAAUCCUUUUUUUUUAAUUUAAUUUUAUUUUUCUCUCAACUUGAGUUUGAUGUCACUGCAAUCCACAGGCAAGAACUGUUCUCAGUUGGUAUUUGGGUUGCUUUUAUAUA